UACCAAGAGGUACAGUACAUCCUUGGAAAGACCUGUUGUUAGUGAGCAAGUUCUUAGAGCACACAAGUUAUUUUCGUUUUCAAUCUUCAAUUUUAGAAACAACAGUGCGAUAUGGCAGGGCUAUGGACAUUUUGCUUGAUUGCUCUCUCCAUGACGGAAAUGAUAAUUCCUCUGACAGCAAAACCAUGCUUCAUAACCAAUUGUCCACCGGGGGGAAAGCGGUCGAGUCAACUUGUUGAACCAUCAAAUUAUUUAGAGGUUGCAGAAAAGCAGCUGUCAAUGUCACAUCAGUGCGCUCCUUGUGGUCCUGCAGGAAAAGGAACUUGCCUUGGGGCCAAUCUUUGCUGUGGAUCACAUUUUGGUUGUUUCUUUAAAACUGAAGAGACUAACGUUUGCUUGUUAACAAAUUUAAAGUCGACUCAGUCGUGCAAUCAACAUUUCUGGAAAACUGAUCUCAAAUCGGCUUCGUGUAGCUUAAACGGCGACAAGAUUGACGGAAUUUGCGUGGCUGACUUACUGUGCUGUUCACUUGAUCAAUGCAAACCAAAUUUAGCUUGUCGAGUGUCACCUAACCAAAGUCGUAAUCAAGGAAAAGAUCGGAUGAUGUCUCAGACGUUCUUCUUGGAUGAUAAAUAAUCAAUAAUUAGUAGACUACAAUAAAGUUUGAUUAAAAUAAUACGUACACAGUGCAUCUAGAAUCACACGAUGUCUAUAAUUAAUUAUCGCUUGUUUGUGAUCGGGGGAAAUGGAAUAAAAACAGCUUCUGCCUGAA